AUGGUCCAGAAGACCAGCAUGUCGCGGGGCCCGUACCCUCCCUCCCAGGAGAUCCCCAUGGAGGUCUUCGACCCCAGCCCGCAGGGCAAGUACAGCAAGAGGAAAGGCCGGUUCAAAAGGUCGGAUGGGAGCACGUCCUCGGAUACGACAUCCAACAGCUUUGUACGCCAGGGCUCCGCGGAGUCCUACACCAGCCGCCCAUCAGACUCUGACGUGUCUCUGGAGGAGGAUCGGGAAGCCUUAAGGAAGGAGGCAGAGCGCCAGGCAUUAGCCCAGCUUGAGAAAGCCAAGACCAAGCCGGUGGCAUUUGCUGUUCGGACCAAUGUCGGCUACAACCCGUCUCCGGGGGAUGAGGUGCCUGUGCAGGGAGUGGCCAUCACCUUCGAGCCCAAGGACUUCCUGCACAUCAAAGAGAAAUACAACAACGACUGGUGGAUCGGGCGGCUGGUGAAGGAGGGCUGUGAGGUGGGCUUCAUCCCCAGCCCCGUCAAACUGGACAGCCUGCGCCUGCUGCAGGAACAGAAGCUGCGCCAGAACCGCCUCAGCUCCAGCAAAUCAGGUGACAACUCCAGCUCCAGUCUGGGAGACGUGGUGACUGGCACCCGCCGCCCCACACCCCCUGCCAGUGGUAACGAAAUGACUAACUUAGCGUUUGAACUAGACCCCCUAGAGUUAGAGGACAUGGAGGCUGAGCUUGGGGAGCCCGGCGGCUCCGCCAAGACUAGUGUUAGCAGCGUCACCACCCCAUCACCCCACGGCAAGCGCAUUUCCUUCUUCAAGAAGACAGAGCAUGUGCCCCCCUAUGACGUGGUGCCUUCCAUGAGGCCCAUCAUCCUGGUGGGACCGUCGCUCAAGGGCUAUGAGGUCACAGACAUGAUGCAGAAAGCUUUGUUUGACUUCCUGAAGCAUCGGUUUGAUGGCAGGAUCUCCAUCACUCGGGUGACAGCGGACAUUUCCCUGGCUAAGCGCUCAGUCCUCAACAACCCCAGCAAACACAUCAUCAUUGAGCGCUCCAACACACGCUCCAGUCUGGCUGAGGUUCAGAGCGAGAUCGAGCGAAUCUUCGAGCUGGCCCGGACACUUCAGCUGGUUGCUCUGGACGCCGACACCAUCAACCACCCGGCCCAACUCUCCAAGACCUCACUGGCCCCCAUCAUUGUUUACAUCAAGAUCACCUCUCCCAAGGUACUUCAGAGGCUCAUCAAGUCUCGAGGGAAGUCUCAGUCCAAACACCUCAAUGUGCAAAUAGCGGCCUCGGAGAAGCUAGCGCAGUGUCCGCCUGAAAUGUUUGACAUCAUCCUGGACGAGAACCAAUUGGAGGACGCCUGUGAGCACUUGGCCGAAUACCUGGAAGCCUAUUGGAAGGCCACACACCCGCCCAGCAGCACUCCGCCCAACCCGCUGCUGAACCGCACCAUGGCUUCCGCCGCCCUGGCCGCCAGCCCCGCCCCUGUCUCCAACCUCCAGGGACCCUACCUUGCUUCUGGGGACCAGCCGCUGGACCGGGCCACGGGGGAGCAUGCCAGCGUGCACGAGUACCCGGGGGAGCUGGGCCAGCCCCCAGGCCUGUACCCCGGCGGCCACCCACCAGGCCGGGCGGGCACCGUGCGGGCACUGUCCCGCCAAGACACGUUCGAUGCCGACGCCUCCGGCAACCGAAAUUCUGCCUACACCGAGCUGGGAGACUCGUGCGUGGACAUGGAGACCGACCCCUCCGAGGGGCCCGGGCUGGGAGACCCCGCCGGGGGCAGCACCCCGCCAGCUCGGCAGGGGUCCUGGGAGGACGAAGAGGACGACUACCAGGAGGAGCUGACUGACAACCGGAACCGGGGCCGGAACAAGGCCCGCUCCUGCGCCGAGGGCGGCGGCCCGGGGCUGGGCCGCAACAAGAACGAGCUGGAGGGCUGGGGGCGCGGCGUGUACAUCCGCUGA